AAUGCCUAAAGUAUCCUUGGAUGUUAGCUUUCUAUCGUCCUUCACUUUCUUCUUCGUCUCCUGCCUUCUUUCUCUAUCUUUUGCUUGUCCUAUUUCUUUGGCGAUAUGGCCAAUCGCCGCCUGGGCGCUGCCGGGCCGAGAUUUGGCCAGAUCGCGAAAGAAAAAUACUUCUCCUUUUUCUUUCGUGGCAGGAUCAAGAUGGCCCCGUCCAGUGUAGUCGAUCUAGCCUCUGUGGACAACGCCGUUCCGAAAUCUAUAGCUAGUCAUGUUUCAUUUGUUUUUGUAGUGUUUUGCUUUUGGUUUUGGUUUUGUUGGUGCUAUAAUGGAUGCUAGCUAUUUUUAUUUGUAUAUGUUGUUGGAUGGUGCCCAUGGCCAUUGCCACCAACAGCUACACUUUUGCCGUGUUUCAUUUGCUCAGCUUCCCUCCUUAAUCUAGCUUUCUUUUGUUUUAAUUUUGACUUUGUCUUAAGGUAAGAUGAUAGAGGGAGGAGUCUAAAAUGUCAAUAAAAAGGGAUAAAAAUUAUUGAACUAACGAAGAAAGUGAAAGAUAAAUUAACAGAGAGGGGAAGAAGAGAAAGGGAGAAGAAGUAGAGACAGACAAAGGUUUUGGCAAGUAUAUUUCUAAAUUCGGUCUUUAAUUAUCAAUUUGGUAUUUUUGCAAUAGGGUAACUAAAGGAAUGAUUGAUUUAUUCAGUUGAUAGAAAACUGUUUUUAAGUCAAGCCUUGUGUGGGAAAAGAUAAGUCACUCAUAUAUAAAUAAGAAUAUUUGUAGCUCAUUGAUUUUCUCUGCAGAUUAGUAGAUUAUGUGUUCAUUUCUUGUUCAUACAUACAGGUAGUGUUAAAUCUCUAUUCCUAAACAGGGUGUUGAGCCUAAAUUAAGGUUGUUGAAGUUCAAUAACACAAGUCUCUGACUCAGCUCUGACGUGUCGCUUUCCAGAAACCUUCCGGCCACUAUUCCAUGCUGACAUGGCGUUUAUCUUCUGGCCAUACUUGGUAACUACGCUGCACACUACACACUUACUGCACCUAUUAAAAACCCAACUCAGAACUCGCAAAGCGCACUGUCAAAUCUCCUCUGGCACAAGGCUUUGCACGCACUGUGGUUUGUCUUCUUCUGCCUAUAAAUUGCUUACCGAGUAUUGUCUUUCACUGUACAUGGUUGAUGCCCCUUUUUGGCUGCUACCAAUCAAGUUUAGUUGUUUUGAAGUUUUGAUUAGCUAAAGUUUUUAUUUUUCUGGGUUGAAUGUAGUUCGUAGUGUUGUUGAAUUGGGUUUCUUAACGUGUGGUAUUUUCUUGCAGGAUUAGGGCUUGCUACCUUUAAAGAUUAGGAGAUGGCAGUGAAUGUGUACAGAAGCAGAUCCAGAUCUGUAACUUUGAAGGAAAAGAGAGGUGAAAGCAUGUCAAAAGAAAUUGCUGCCGGUGAUGAUAUGACAAUAAGGGCUAUGAAAGAUGAAAUAGCUAGGAAGUUAGCUGGUGGGCGGCAUAAUCGAGAGAUCAGGGCAAAACCAAGUAAGUCAGGAGAUGGGGGAGAUGGGAUGCAGAUAAUUGGUGGAGAAGUGGUGGCAGACACAAAUCCAAACUCUGCUUCUAAGGUAGAGCAGCCAUUGGCAAAGGAAAACAAUUCUGGCUGGUCUAAGAAGGAAGAAGAAGGCAGAGAAACAAAAUCUGUGAUGAACAUUGAUGAGAACUGUAUAACUCUGAGGCGGAAGAGGGGUGCGGACGGAGAAAUGAUUCUAGCUUAUUUGUCAUUGCAUUUGCAUGAUAGAAGUUCACCAAGGCUUCGUCCAAGACAGGUGCCCAUUUUCCGGAUGGUGGAUUUGGGUGAGAAUGAUGUUCACAGAAUUGUUGGGAAAAGAAUCAAGGUUUAUUGGCCGGAGUCUCGGAAAUGGUUUACUGGGCACAUCAAAGCUUUCAAUGCCGAGAAGGGGCUGCACAGUGUUGUGUAUGAUGAUGGUGACAAGGAGUUGUUGAAUCUAAGGAUGGAGCGGUUUGAGCUUGAAAUUUUGCCAAAUGAGGGUUUCAACUUGAAAGCUGAUUCCAGUUCCAAAAAGAAAGGUAGGGGACUGGAUGCUAAUGCGGUGAGUCCACUUAUGUUGCCAGAGGCAGCAUUUAAGGUUGAAGAUUCUAAAGAAUUGAUUGAGAGUUCAGCGUUGAAUGUCAAAUCUCAAGAAGUGAUGAAGACUCUAGAGUCAAAGAUGGAAAAUGUGUCGAAGAAGGUGGGCAAAAGUGGGAGCUCAAGAUUGCAAAGGAAAAGUACCAAAGCUAAGUGGGAUUCGGCUCCAGAAAUGGAGAAAGUGGAUGCAAAGAUGAAGGUUGAUGUGAACACAGGUGGUGAAGUCAUGAAGUGCAAGUCGGAUGCUGAUAUCAUCAUUGAAAAAGCUAUGGAAGUUGAUCAUCUAACAGGUAAUCAGAAGACUAAAUGUCUUGAAGAAGUUGCUGAAAAGUAUGCUGAGGGUCAAAUCACUGUAUUGGCUCUUGCUGCUGGGAAGAACAAAGAAAAUUUGGAAGAUGGUAAUGUGAAUGGAGAUAUGGAGGAUGAAAAAGAGCCGGUGGAGCCAGAGAACAUAACGGCUUCAGAAGAUGCUGUAAUAAGUUCCAUGCUGAGCUUUCAUACCAUUAAAGACAAGACAAAGGAUCUGCCUCCAGCAGAAAAAGUCAAGAAGAUCAAGUUAGAAGCUGAUAUCAACAUUGAAAAAGCUAUGGAAGUUGAUCAUCCAACAGACAAUCAGAAGACCAAAUCUCUUGAAGAAGUUGGUGAAAAGUCUGCUCAGGGUCAAAUUACCAUAUUGGCUCUUGUUGCUGGGAAUAACAAAGAAAGUUUGGAAGAUGGUAAUGUGAAUGGAGAUAUGGAGGAUGAAAAAAAGCAGGUGGAACCACAGAACAUAAUAGCUUCAGAAGAUGCUGUAAUAAGUUCCAUGCUGAGCUUUCGUACCAAUAAAGACAAGACAAAGGAUCUGCCUCCGACAGAAAAAGUUGAGGAAGCAAUCAAAGAAAUCAGUGCUCAAGUAGCCACAGAUGUUGAUAUGCAGCAAACCCAGAUGAAGUCAGCUCUCAGCCUCACCACUGAAAUUGCCUGCAUUGCGGUCAGCAAGUUGCAUUUGCCAAAGAAUCCAGAAGAAGGAAACGCUGAUCUUCUGCCGGAGGACCUGAAAUCAGAGAAGCAUCAACCUGAAGAAGCAAGCAAGCAAGAGAUGAAGUCAGCCAGCAAGAAAGCAGUGAAAGGAGGGAAGACAAAGAGCAACUAACCACCAAAGGAAACAAACCUUGGUAGGAAUUCUUACAGUUUAAAGCAACAGAGUAGGUCUCCAUAACUUACCCCAAAAGGAUAGGUUUAAUUUUCUCAAUUUCAGAAGGAUGUUAUUAAGUGGCUGGAUUGUUCCCAAUGUUUUAUCAUUUUGACCUUUCCUGAUAAGAUCAAGUUUUUACAUUGAAAAGUUGCAACUGCUAUUGUUUUUAAGUUGUUUGGUUCUGUUUAUGGGAUUUUUCUGAAAAUGGAUUAUCAUUUUCUCCAA